AUGUCAUUUGGGUUUACUAUUAAAGGGGUUCCGGUUGUCAUGCCUAUACUUCCGGGAUACGAAGGCUACGAUGUAGACUUUGAAAACCCACAGCGUAACGGAGCUACAGCAGUAUACGGGAUAUGCGGAAUUUUCAUGCCAUUGGCAUUUUUCGCUGUACUUCAACGAAUGUAUUUCAAGGCAUUUAUACGGAAACAAGUCGGACUUGAUGAUUGUACGUUAGCUGCCAAUCUCCUUAGGAUCCUUACCGCAUUUCCCCGAGAACUUGUGCUAAUAUCAAAUAGAUCUUCUUAUUGGGGCCUGGGUAAAUACUUGUCUUUAGCAAAAUAUAUGCCCGCGUCGUCACCGGUUGCUAACAUUUCAUCCUGGCAGGCAUUCUCAGUGGCCAUUCAGUCGCUGAUAAUACGUGAGUUUCCAUGCCUAUGAAACUGGUGUACGAAGUAGAAGAGAUUAAUUGACAGGUGAAAUAGACUCGUUUAUUGCCAAAUAUUGUGGUGUCCAUGCAUUUGAAAUGCCAAUCGACAAAUUUGGCGAUUUCGUCAAGGUACUUUUGUUCCUUCUAAUCAUCUCAUUCUUCCGUGUGAGGGGGUAUUUUGUUAAUCAUCUUCUAUGCUACUAGUUUACAGUCUAUGUCAGCUCAGGUAAGGACACGUUUGCGUAUCUUCAUGGAGGUAAUAUGGACUAAUCAUGUUAUCUACUAGCUAUUUAUGUUAUUCCCACCCUUCUAUCGAAACAAGUCAUCCUCAUGUUCUACCUUCAACUCGGCAAUAAUAGCAAGUUUUUCAAAUGGGCAGUUUAUUUUAUAAUGGUAAACAGUUCUUACGUUCGGCUAUCCCAUAGCGGCUACUAACCAUCCUCAGUUUGCCAACUUUGGCUCAAAUGUGGGCAUCUUCUUCUCCGCAAUUUUCACUUGUGCUCCAGUCAGUUUGGCCUGGGAAUUUACCAAGGUCCCUGGCAUAAACACAACUGGAACAUGCAUCAACCGAUUCAUGAUGUAAGUGGAGACCUCUUUCAACCUCCAAGCUAUUAGGUCUGCGUAUGCUGACUCGGUUUGCUUUAGGUUCCAAGCCCAGGCCUGGAUGGCAAUGACAAUAGAUUUUUUGAUCCUCUUCCUUCCUUCCCGCAUGGUGAUAAACCUUCAGAUGUCAACGAAGAAGAAGAUCGGACUUUUGGCUACUUUUGCUGUUGGAUCUGCGUACGUUUGGAUCUUAGUGGCUUUAAAAGGACGUUGAGACUAAUUGCAUGCAGAACCUGUAUUACCUCCGUCCUUCGACUCGUGUUUUUCCUUGACGGCGAGAAGGAAAUCGACGCACCCUGGGCUGCAGGGCCUAGCAAUGUCUUGCUUGCGCUUGAAGCUAAUCUUCUCAUUAUAUGCGCUUCUAUUACGACCAUCCGAGCCUUUGUCAAAGCCGUCUUCCCAAACCUUAUCACCUCUCUGAACGGAACGCCUGGAGCGAAGAAGUCAUCAGGAGGGUCAUCAUGGUUUUCCUUAAACAAAUGGUCAAAAUCGAGGUCGAGGAGCAAGCCAUCCGGACACUCCGAUCAAAAGAGUUAUGAGAAGUUUGGCGAGGAAAAUGAUCUGGAAGCGGGAUUUGGAAUGGGGAUGUCAACACUGGUUAAGGCAGACUUGAAACCAUUACCUGCCCUUCCUUUGAGGGGUACUGGUACGAGCAAUGACAAGAGCUGGUUGGCUGACCAGACGGUGAUGGACCCAGGGGAGGAGGUGAUUGUACAGGAAACGACUACGACCAUGACGUACAGUAAUAGAGCAUAG